AUGAGAGUAGCUCUACAUAUUGCUCAGGCUCUAGAAUAUUGUACCAGCAAAGAACGCGCACUUUACCAUGACCUAAAUGCUUACAGAGUUCUCUUUGACGAUGAGGCAAAUCCAAGACUGUCAUGCUUUGGUUUAAUGAAGAACAGUAGAGAUGGAAAGAGUUAUAGUACCAAUCUCGCAUUCACUCCUCCUGAGUAUCUAAGAACAGGUCGCGUGACACCAGAAAGUGUGAUGUACAGCUUUGGAACUCUACUUCUCGACCUUCUCAGUGGAAAACACAUUCCUCCAAGCCAUGCUCUGGACCUAAUACGAGACAGGAACAUUCAGAUGUUGAUGGACUCAUGCUUGGAGGGUCAAUUUUCGAGUGAUGAUGCCACCGAAUUAAUACGGAUAGCCUCGAGAUGCUUGCAAUAUGAGCCCCGGGAGAGGCCUAACCCAAAAUCGUUGGUUACUUCUUUAAUUCCGCUUCAGAAGGAUAUUGAGGUUCUUUCAUUUUCAAUCAUCAAAAGAUUUAUUCUCUUUUUUUAG